UGCUCGCAGCAGCAGCAGCAGCAGCAGCAGAAAGCACAAGGCUGUUGACUCGCGGCGCGCGUGCUCGAAAUGCGCGGGUGAAUACGAUUUCACAUCGACCUCACGCAAUUGCGAGGCUGUCGUUUUGAGCGUCUCAGCACCGGCCUCAAGUCUCGGUCUCGUGUCCCGGGCGCGAUCGCUCUUUCUAUACAUUCGUUUCGUCAAUUUAUUCUUGACGACCGCGGAUUCGCUCGCUCUAUUUUAUCCGCAUCGUAAUUGCAUUAUUCCAAUUUUAAUCCAUACAUUUUUCAUCUCUUAUGAAAAGACGAUGCCGCAGUUAAUCGAGUGAACAUUUUCACUUCCGUAUUCGUCGCAGACGUUCUCCUUCCGUCGUUAUAAUUAAGAUAUGAGAGUUGGAAAAAAUACGAUAGAAUUUCUCGAUUUUGUACAAAGAUCAAAGGAUUUUUCAACUCCUUGUCACAAGAUUCGAAUAGAACGACACAUUCGUUUCACUGUUUCUGUUAAUCACUGGAUUAUCACUUUUAAUCGAUUUUAAAAAUCUAUGCGCCCCUUCGGACCUCAAAAUAUUGAUUCGAAUGAGUUGAGAGGGGGGGAGAGGGGGCAACGACGAAAAAAAAUGGAGUGAAGAAUUAAGUUGAAACUCUGUGAAAAGUCUGAGAUGACUCGGUCGGCCGUCAUCAACAACCGGCAUAAUCGAUGGUCGCGGUAGCGGCUCGAUGACGAGCUUCUCAAGAAAAAGUCAGUUCAAUACUGUCCGAACCCGUGCAUAGGAAUAUUAGACGAUGUGAAAGAUGUCAAAUUUCAAGAACUUGCGAGUCCUCGUGUUUCUGAAUUUUCCAAGAAGCCCGAGCAGCUUUCCGGAACAAAAAAAAAUGAAUCGACGUUUGAAAUCGAAGCUCGAGAUGUGAUUAUAUUUUGAUUUCAGCCUAGUCGGGAAGGGAGACCGCGGAGAGUUUCCCCCGGGAAAAUAGGGCUCGAGAAAAAAGUGGCAUGGAUAAGGCGAAGGAGGAAUACGAGGAGAAUAAAAUAAAAAGGGGUAAAAAGCACAUAGUUGGUGUCCGUGGAAGUGUACGUGUGCGUGUGGCUCGUAGAACGACCGGAACCGUGGCGAGCAGGCGUGCGCGCGCUGCAUCGGAUACGAGAGAGCGUGAAGAAAUUCACAAGCCGAUGAUUAGAGACGGUAGAACGAGUGCGUUGUGGUGUCAAGAUAAAACCGAACGUUCAGCUCGUCACGAUAUGAGAAAAUAAGUGUGCGCUCGCUCGGAAUUGUGGAAAUAAGUGAUUUGAGAGGAAUGUGAAAGAAAAUAAGAGAGAAUCAUCGAGCGGCGUCGAUGGUUGAGGAAAAAUGUUGUUGGGAUACGGGAAAAGGCUUCGGGAGGCAUCAGCAUCGACACCAUCGUCAGCAGCAGCACCAGUGGCCGAAUGAAGGACGAUGCGGUGAAAAGACCUCGGGCAAUUCGAAACUGAGCAAAAGGUCGGUGAAGUAUUGGUCGUAUGAUAAAAAAAUAGGCGCCAGCAGCGGCGUUGCUCGCGGGGGCGGGGCCGGGGCCAGGGGCAAAGGUGCGAGUGAUUCAAAGCUGGCGUCGGAAAAGCAAAAGCAUGACGGGUCCCGCGGGGCUAGGACCCGUCGUCACCGUGGAAACGGCGGUGGGUCUCUUUCGAGCCGCGGGAGUGCGGCGACCGGUGUGCAGUGCGGCCUGUGUACAGUACUAGCCAGCCUUUUUCGACGCGCCAUGUGUAUCGCCGGAAGUAGACGAGGUUCCGGCGAAUCUUGUUAUCAGGAACUCGCCACCGAGAUGCAACAGCACCACCAGCCGCGCUUGCAGUCCUCUCAACAGUUCUCGCACCAACGAUCGCCCGCUGGCUUCGCUGGCUCUCCCCUUAAAACAAUCCUACCCAACAGUUGUUCUACUUCCGGCUCCUUUGACGGAUCGAACAAUCGGCUCGAUGACGAGUCCCUUGGACGGGAGAAACCAGUGAGUGGCAGAUCGAGUCAACACGACGAUGCAGUCUUCGUACGAAUUUGCGAAGAUACGAGCGUGCCAGCAGUGGACACUCCGCCCGUGAGUUCGGAGCCGCUUCAUCCACCUCCGGUCGAUACCGAAUUAUCCCCACCGGAUCCUCGAGCAAGACUCUUGUCCGAGCCUGAUUUUAUUCUCAUCGAGAAUCUCGAUAACGAACGUUACUCCAGGGCAAGGCACACCGGCCGUUUUCUCACGAUGCACAAGAGAAGACGCAAGCGCCUCAUCACCCGAUCGCUCAAUCAAGAACACGCUCUACUCGAUGACAUUUUUCACGGACAAGUUCAGUGCAUGUUGAUGAAAGCCAAUCAUUGGAGAUUCAAUGCCUUCACUUUGGAAACGGUGACCGGAGGUCGGUCACUGUCAGUUCUCUGUGUUCAUCUGUUCCAAUUUUACGGACUCUUCCACCGUUUCAAUCUCGAUGUCGUACGGGCUUGGAAGCUCUUCGCACUGAUUGAGGAAGGCUAUCACAGUACAAAUCCUUACCACAACAGUAUACAUGCGACCGAUGUGACGCAAGCGAUGCACUGUUUUCUGCAGGAAGAAAAGAUAAAAAGGCAUCUGAGCAGCCUGGAGAUAAUGGCGUCGUUGAUAGCAGCUGUGACCCAUGAUCUUGACCAUCCUGGUGUGAAUCAACCUUUCCUCGUGGCGACCAGCAAUCACCUGGCGACUCUUUACGAGAACACUUCGGUCCUUGAGAAUCAUCAUUGGCGUUCGGCCAUCGGAUGCCUUCUCGAAAGCGGAGUCUCUGAACAAUUGCCACCUCAAAUACGCCCCGAACUCGAACGUCACAUAAGCUCACUCAUUCUCGCAACGGAUAUAACGAGGCAGCAAGAGUUCCUGACCCGAUUCAAGGCGAGUCUCGAUGGGGAGAGCUUGAACAUGGACGAUCCGGAGAAUCGUCACUUCAUCCUCCAGAUAUCGCUCAAAUGUGCGGACAUUUCGAACCCGUGUAGACCGUGGGACAUCUCGAGAAAAUGGUCGUACAAAGUGUGCGAAGAAUUUUUCCGUCAAGGGGAUUACGAGAGGAAAUUGAAUUUGCCGGUGACACCGCUGUGCGAUCGUCAAUCGAUGAGUAUACCGAGGAUCCAAGCGGGAUUUUUCGAAUUCGUCGUGACGCCCUUGUACGAGGAAUGGCACAGAUUUUUAGGCGACGGUCUGAGCGUCUCCUUGAUGUCGCAUUUGCGAGAAAAUCGAAAGCGUUGGGAGGCCCUGAUCGCUCACGAAGCUGCUGAGGAAACGAGAACCGAAGUGUCGGAUUUGGAGCAGUUACCAUCGAGCACGUCGACGCCCUCCGAGGGAGAAGAAAUUCGCGGAAGCUCGAACGUCGGCGCGACGGGAUGUUGCGAAAAUUCCGACAGUCUCGACGUCCAGACGAUGCCGGCGGCGGUAUCCGAGCUACGACGACCCAGUUUGCCUGGUGAAGCGGCCGUCGGUCAGCGGUGGGCUGACCGGAGACACUCUGUACCGCUGAGCGUCUCCAAAUUAUUCUGCAUUUUGCCAAUGAUCGAGGAUACUGCGACUGCCGUCGAUACCGCAAUCAGCGCCAACACCAAGGCCAGCAGUACCGUCAGAAGAGAAUCCCUGCCCAGCGAGCGCAACGUCAGACUCCCCCGUUAUCCUGUAUUUUGUCUAGAAGAGGCAAAGCUGGUUGACGAGGCGCUACGCGAAAUGAGCUCUCUCUCACUGAUAUCCUCGAAAAGCAGCAUUUACGAGUCUGCGGGGAACGCGAGUUUGUCCUCGGAGCGUCCGGUUAGUGCUGAAAAUCUCUUACCCGAGCCGAGCAUCGCGAGCAUAACGAGCAGCGCCGCUGCAACGAGAUUGUCAACCGUUCUUCAGUCGGAGACUAUGAAAUCGGGUUGCCAAACGACGCGACAACAUCUCACCCGACAACAGACUUUCCCGCCGCUUCAGCCGUACGUGAGAAUUCGGUACAUGUCGACGACCGCCGAGAUGUCCAAGUGCCAGACGGAAGCUCUCAUCGAGGCUGACGAUAACAGCCUUUCGAGUCUGGAGGACGCUAUGAUUGCGGAAAGUAGCAAACCGGAGGCUGGAAGCCGACCGGCAGAGCCGUUCGAACGAUGUCCCUCCGUAGGGAGGUUCUCGCUCGAAUCCAGUUUCGUCGAAAAUCGCGCAGACUCCUCGAGACGACCGAACCAAAUCAACUUGACUGAAAUCACCGGUUUUCCAACCUCGACGACCGAUCACCCAACGAGACGACACUCGAUUCAAACGGUGAGCACCGAGAAAUAUGUGACUCGUUCGGCCCAUCAAACUUCUACAAAGAAAUGCACGGAGCCCAUCCCCGACGAUGAUCCCUCAUUCUCUGAUCCUGAAAAGCUCGAGAAAAGGACGACCAGAAAAAUCGAGUUGUCGGAGCUGAGGCGACAUUCGCUCACCCCUUUGACCAAUGAGACCGACGCGACCAAUCCUACAAUGACGACAACGAGCUCGUCCUCCAAUUACCUAACCGUCAGACGUUUUACCGCGAUCCCUCUUCUGACUCCGGUGCUCGAUCCGACGAAGAAGUUCUUCAUCGGAACUCCGCCUGGAUCACCACCCAGAUUGAUAAGCACCGUUUCAUCAUCGAGCGAAAGUGCUGGCAGCGAUCCUAGGCCGCUGAGCCUCGCUGAUUUCAAUGAAGCUCAUCCCGUUGGUGUUAAACGAGAUGGUUCGGAUAACCCACGGCAAAAGAGCUCCAAAAUCGCCAAGCUCGCCGACGAUGCCGAAUUGAAAGAGAAUUUUGAUCCGAAAGCAAGCGGGGAUGAAUCGAACAAGAGCUGUGGUGGUGGCGGCGGUUUCGGGCGACGGAACAACUACCAGGGCUGGGCACGACGACGUGGUUCAGCUCCAGUCGGGUUGCUCCCGAAAGUUGAUGAUUCUGCGAUUCUCACGGUAGCUCCGAGAACUGAUCUUCGAAAUACGAGACGAGGUUCGGUACCAACGGACAUUAUUGGGCACCAAGACGAACGCGACAACUUUUCAUCGUACAUCAACAACAGCAGCAGCAUUCAUAAUAACAAUCACAACAACAAUAAGAUCAAUAAUAAAAAGAAGAGCAACAACAAUGGUAGUAUUGCUUGUGCCAGCAGCAGCAGCAACAAGAAUAACAAUAACGGGAGUCAAGCCAUUUGUGGCAGAACCAACAAUAAUGAAAGUUUCCGGGGCAGCGAGGCUGGCCCAGGAGGAGGAGGAGGAGGGCGAGAUUUCGGUUUAAUAGGAUCACCACGCCGAGGUUCGGUACCGGCUGAUAUAUCGGAACUUCGACGCGAUUUGUUUGGGCGCAACAGUGUCAACGGGAAAACGCGCAAUCGUAAAAAAGUCCUGAGGCGAAGGAGCAGCGGAGGCCCGGAAAUGUUUUCCGGUCGUAAUCUCGACGAUAACGAAAAUGGUAAAUCUUCAUGGAAAAAGGAAAUUGCCAAAAGAGAACCGUCGAUUCCAGAGCCGUCGAUCAAGCGUCGCGGCAGUCUUCCGGUUGAGAUGGUUCCUAUUUUCCAUCCUGCAUCAGCAGCCAACGCCCGACGGUCCAGUCUAUGGCGUCUGUAGCCCACGUUCCAGACAAGCGGAACGUCGAUCAGUGAGUUAAUGGUCGUCGCAGGGACCUCGGAAGCUUUGCCAUCGAUGGAUCUCCAGCAAAGUCCGACGACGGUGCAGGGGCACGAGCACCAGCACGGCCAGCCAGGGAGCUCGGCAGGUGAAGGAGCUGUUCGCAAGGAGGGAUGAGCACCGAGGAAAAAAUAAUGACGUAUAUAUAAGUGCGACUAACCGAAGUGAAGUUGAAAAAACGAGAAACGACGGAGAAACUCCCUCUUCGAAUAUUUCAUCAAAGAGGUUUUCACGAGCGAGCGCAUCAAUGGCAAUGAAAACGAGGAUUAUUCGAUAGAAGGAAACACGGCGAAGCAAAAAGAUCUUUCGUACUUACUGUCUUCCGCUAAAAAUUAACGGAAACUUACGAGGAAUAUAUCAAACCAGCCGCAGCUCGGGUACGCCAAAUAGAUUUGUGCCAUAAACUGAAGGAAAAUAAUUAAGGGGGGAUGCGAAUGAGAAAGAAAAAAAAUACAAGCUCUCCUCCGUCGAAUUUGAACGAGAAAUUUUGAGACCAGAUUCUCGACUCAAAUUUGAAGAAAAAACAAAACACAAAAACAACAAUAUCCAAAUGUAUGUAUAGUUGAUUUUUUUAAGAAACGGACAACAAAUGUAACAUACGCUGAUGCGUAUGUGAACGUUAGCGCGAUAUAAAGCCGCGACGUUAUUCACGAUGAUUUCGAUGACAAAAAAGAAGAAUGAAAAUAAAAAUAAUCGAGUAUAAAUGCCUACGUACGGGAGACGAAAGAAAAAGACUGGUAGUAGAAGGAAAUCGUGCGACCGUAGAGGUAUAGAACGGCUAUUGUUUAACCACACACGGAGUACUUUCGGGAUACGAAAUCCAUGCGACAAUUUGCUCAUUAUCUAGACAAGAGAUGAUAAACAGCGAAAAAAGAAAAAACUUCAAAUUAGAUAAAUGAAUAAAUUAAUAAAUCAAGUACACGAAUUUGUGUGUGUUUUAUAAAACGAGUGUUUUGAAUCGCUAAGAAUAUCGGUAUUCGGUAUUGCGCGUGGACAUAGCUUACGUGCAUGUUGAUAUAGCAUUUCGUAUCGAAAGACUAAAAUCAUUCGUAAAAUUAGGCGAAAAAUCAUCUAAUCUCUGCGUAAAUAAUAUACAAUACAAGGAACAAACAACGUGUACCAUGUUUCUCAAGAUUCACACGAAAAUUUAUACCGUUUGGCUAUCUUCAUUUAUAUUUAAUCACUGAACUAUAAGUAUACUGGGACCUACACUGCCAUGUGAAAGGCUCAUUUAUUCGCGGGGCCAAGAAACGUAAUUUCAUUCUUGCUUUUGGGUAAAUUUCUGUCACUUUCUAUCGUUUCUCAUCCCACACGUGGUUAAUGCAAUGAAAAAGCAAAUUUUAUGACACAACUUUUUGCGUACACCGAGAUAAUCGCGGGCAGAAUUCACCGAACAUUUUGCACCGCUCUACAUCCAAAUAAUUAAGUGUUUCGUAAGAUUUUAUUGUUUGUUAAACUUAGUUUCGAGCCUCAUACACUUAUUUCGAUAUCGACUGUGUCCCAGCAGAGAGAGCGAAAGAGAUGACAGAUCCCUCGGCGACUAUAUUUCUUGUCCCGCUUAGUGCAUAUUCCAGAAUAUUUAUAUUUCAGUGUAUUUACGACAAAAAUCACAAUAUUUAUGCGUUUUAUUGUUCUCUUCCAUCUUUGUAUUUAUUAUAAUUUUCAAUGAAAAACCGAAACCAAGGUUCGUUCUCAAUACAUUUUAUCUUUAGCUCGAUCGAUUAGAAUAUUAAUUAGUUAUAGAAGGUUAUGCACUAGGUGCUCAUUAUUAUCGUUAUUAUUAUGAUUAUUAUUAUUGUUGUUGUUGUCGUUGUUGUCGUCUUCAUCGCCGUCGCUGUUUGGCAUGGAUGCAAAAUGGUGAGGAAAUCGAAUGGAAAUUCCGUUGGAAAAUUCGACAGUAAAUUUCUCACUGAAUGAGAAGCUGUCAAAUUACUUUUGUCGCACGACGCAGCAACACGUCUUCCCGAGAGCGUUCGAGUCGUGCAGGGUUAUUUCUGGGGAAACUCAAUGGCGAAUCGGUGACCGCGAACCCCGGCACGAGGUUUCUCCCACCUUCGAUUGGCUCACUCAACAAUAUCGCUAAUGGAAAAACAGAACGUGAAAAUAAAAAUGGUCAACCCUAAAAUAGUCGUGCAACGGAUUCGAAAGAUUGACCGACUGAGCUUGGAAUAGCAUUAAAAUAAUGACAAUAACCACAGCAACAACAAUGGUUGUUCGAAGCUCGUUAUCUGUUCUAUAAGAACCGUCGUAAUUUUGAAUGUUGAAAAAUCUGCAGGGCUGCUUAACUCGAAAAGUGAACUCGCGUAACGUGGAUUUGAUCGAAGAAAAAAAACAAAAAAAAACAAAAAAAAAUCACGAUAAAUAUGAUUACGACCAGGAAGCUGAACUGGGAUGGCGGUAAAAAAAAAGACAUACGUUUAGACAUUCCAUUUCUUGUUAGAUACUGAAAGACGCAUUGUCGCGUUAUGCAUGUAUACUCGAUGUAACGAUACGGCUAAUGAGCGUUAUAACGAUAUUUUUAUCGUUGUCAGCUAGGAUCGUCCGAUUCACGACUCCUCAUUAAUAUCAUCACAUACACACAGGCAUCUGAUCAUCGUUGUUGGAACAAUGAUAGUCAUGAUAUUAACAACAACGCUAAUAUUAAUACUAAUCAAUGAGAAUGAGAAUAAUAAUAAUGAUAAUGAUAAUGAUAAUAUUGUUAGUUAGGUACAAUGCGGGAAAUGACGAAUAAUCAGAUACAAUGCGGAGUCAAGCUCGUGGUAUUGAAAAGAAAAAAAUAAUAAAAUAAAAAUUUAAAAAUUACGAUAUUUAGGUGGACGAUAGUAUUUGAAAGUUAUAAACAAUGGGAGAGAUGAAAAAGGAAAAUGGAAUGCGCCACAAUUGCGAGAAUGUGUGAGAAGAAGAAACCGUUAAGUAGAAUGUUAAUUGACAAUGUGUACCAUAAAUGUUAUACUAUUUAUUUAUUACACGAAGAAUAGAGACGCUCAGACUGUGUGUUUUAAUUAGAUAUAAUAGCGUUACCAUAUAGGAUGAAGAAAAUAAAAAAUUGGCUCAAUCGAGAGAGCAGUAAUGGA